AUGGCGAUAGCGCCCGCUGGUAGCGUGUUGACCCCUAUGCAAUUUCCUUGUGAGCAGGGCUUGGAUGAUUCGCCAGCAGAGUCGUCGAGCUUCCGCAGCCCCAGCUCUUUCCCCAGAACGAAGCGUACAAAGUGGUCUGACAGGGAGCCGCUUGAUUGUUCCGUGUCGGCCUGCAGUGGUGCACGCGUGAACAUGCUUGACCGGUGUUCGGAGAGGCGGCAGAUUGCUUCCUGUAGUGGCGACCAACCGCAGAGCUCUGGCAUGUUUGUUGCCAUGCAGGGGAAUGUUUGUCCUGUCAAUAACGGCGGUGGGAUCUAUUCGCAGUCUGGCACGGGCCAUUCAAAUGGUCAAAAUGGGACAUACGGUGCAUAUCCGCAACAUCAGCCUUUUGAAGGCUGUAUGUAUGUGAAUGAGCAUGGCCAGAUGUGUGGGCCUUACGCACCCAAGCAGCUCUAUGAGGGGCUAUCCAGUGGUUUCUUGCCUCAAGAUCUUGCUAUUUAUGCUCUUGUUGGUGGGCAAAUGCUCAAUCCUGUAGCCUUGAGUUCUCUGGAGCAGUUUCUUUCACAAUGGAAUUCUGCUGGCGCGGUCACCACUCCGAAUGAACCGAAGGAGAAUAAGACAGUGGCUCGUACUGAUAAACUGGCGCUUCCAAAUGCUCUCUCAAGCGAUGAGUCAUGCUGGAUGUUCGAGGACAGCGAUGGCAGCCGUCAUGGGCCACAUUCUCUUGCUGAACUUUCUUAUUGGCUUCAUAGCAGCUAUCUCCAGGAUCUUUCUAUGGUUUACCAUGUUGAUAGCAAAUUUGGUCCAUUUACACUUGUAUCAUUAGUUGAUUGGUGGAGUGGAGGUCACACAGAGCAUUCAGAAGCUUCAGAGAAUGAUUCUGGGUCAGCCAGUGACGUGAUGGGUGACAUAGUCGAUGAUAUUAGUCAUCAGCUCCAUGCCGGUAUAGUGAAAUCAGCCCGCAAGAUUUUUGUUGAUGAAAUUUUCAGCUGUGUGCUUCCAGAAAUUAUCGCCUGUAGGAAGACUGAGAAGCAGCUAGCUGCAAAAUCGAAACUCCUAGCUGUUAAGCCUGACAGCAAGAAGGCUUCAGCAUUAAAGGGCAAGGCUCAUGCAAAAUUUACUAAUCACAAAAAAGGAAACUCAUAUAAUACAGUACGAGCAACUUCUCCUGUGGCUGUUCAGUCAACUGCGGUGCAUGCCAAAUUUUCUGAUAUAUUAUCAGCAGUUUGGCAAACUCUUUAUUAUGAAUCCAUGAAGAAUAUCUGGGAUGGGAUAUUGUAUGAUCCUGUUAUGGACUACUGUGGUUCAUGGAUUAAGAGAAAUCACCAUUCAAGUCUUCCUUGUACGAGUAUUCCUGGUGCGUCUGAUAACGCAAACAAGCAAGAAGCUGAUGGAUUGAAGGUAAUAUGUGAUUCAGUAGCUCUUGAGUGCGACAUGGAUUUCCCACCUGGAUUUGGGCCAACAUUGGAGUGUGCAAGCCCCGUCUCUCCGCCGCUGUUAGCCAUUAGUUCUUGCAAUGACAAAAAUAGUUGGUGGCGUGAAUCAAGUUCCACCAUGUAUUUUGACCCCUCAUCAGGAGUCCAGGAACUAAUUCGUACUCCUGUUCAUGCACCGGACUCGCCUAGUUCUGCUGCAAUGGACAUUCUUGAAACACCCCCCAUUCCUCCUGAAAUGGCUCAAGAUAAAUCAUUGGAUAUUGCUAAAAUGACUACAGUUGCAAUAACCAGUCCGGCUGAAAUGGCUCUAGGUGCAAUGACCAGUCCGGCUGAAAUGGCUCUAGAUGCAAUAACCAGUCCGGCUGAAAUGGCUGUAGAUGCAAUAACCAGUCCGGCUGAAAUGGCUGUAGAUGAAGUGUUGGUUACCGCUGAAAUAGCUACUGAUACUGUACCCAGUCCUGCUGACAUGGUGGCAGGCGCAACAUCAUCUGUAUCUGAUGUGGCAACAGAUAAAAUGCUCACUUCUCAUGUGGAGCAUCAAUCCCCUUCUUCAUCUUAUGCUAGUAUAUUUGAAAAGCUGGAUGUAUCUGAGGCAGCUGAAUCGGAUGAGAGUUUUGAUGAGGUGCCUCCUGGUGUGGAGACUGGCUCAGCUUCUGUGCUGGUCAUGGACAAAAACAAAUACCGACCUUCAAAAUCAAUUAACUCUAUGCCCGGAAUAUCUAGACAUAUCAGCGUGGCUAUCUGCAGGCAGACACUGCAUACGAAUGUUAUAGAAGAGUGGGCAUCUCUCCUGUCAGAUACUAUCAGCGAGUGCCUUGAUUCAUGGUAUACCAAGCAGACUUUUGUGCCUAAAAACAUCGACGAAUCAUUGAGACCUAAUAAAGAAUAUGCGUACUACAAAAAGAGAAAGUUAAGGAACAACUGUGAAGCAGUGUCAUCCAAAAAAGCAGUGGGAACUCCAACGGAUGAGCAGCUUUCCAAGCCUCUACGCGAGCUUGUUGAGCGCAAGGUUCAUCUUAAAAAUGUCCAGGAACCAAGGAAGGCCGGGAAGUCGAAAAAGUCCUCCAAGAGUCGUACCAAAACUCUUGAUAAUGUUGUAAACAUUUUGAAUAUCGAACAAGGCUUGAAGCGGCUUUCCAAUGAUGUGCCAAAGACCUCCAAGAGUCGUACCAAAACUCUUGCUAAUGCUGUAAACCCUUUGAAUAUCAAACAAGGCUUGAAGCUUCUUCCCAAUGAUGUGCCAAAGGCCUCCAAGAGUCGUACCAAAACUCUUGAUAAUGCUGUAAACCCUUUGAAUAUCAAACAAGGCUUGAAGCGGCUUUCCAAUGAUGUGCCAAAAGCCUCCAAGAGUCGUACCAAAACUCUUGAUAAUGCUGUAAACCCUACGAAUAUUGAACAAGGCUUGAAGCGGCUUUCCAGUGAUGUGCCAAAGACCUCCAAGAGUCGUACCAAAACUCUUGAUAAUGUUGUAAACCCUUUGAAUAUCGAACAAGACUUGAAGCGGCUUUCCAAUGAUGUGCCAAAGAGACAAAGGACUUCUCAUCUUACUAGGACGCCUCUGGUUGAUAAUGAGGUUCCUUUUGAGAACAUUAGUGUGCCCACAAAGCUCGCAAAGAAAAGAAAGAAUAAGAACAUGUCUACUGACUCCAGUCAGAAGGCAAAGCCAUUGAUUUUGUGUCCAGAGUCAGAUGGCUGUGCAAGAGCUUCCUCCAAUGGGUGGGAGUGGCGUAAUUGGGCACGCACCGCCACUCCAUCAGAAAGGACUCGUGUGAGAGGGUACCAUGUUCGGAGUAUUCUUUCAACUUCAGCUAAUAAUGUGUGGAAAAAUCCGCAAGUUAAAGGUACAUCUGCGCGAACAAAUCGCGUAAAGUUACGAAACCUGUUAGCUGCUUCUGAAGGCACUGAGCUACUGAAAAUUACCCAAUCGAAGGCAAGGAAGAAGCGGUUACGUUUUCAAAGGAGCAAGAUCCAUGAAUGGGGUCUGGUGGCCCUUGAGUCAAUUGAUGCAGAAGAUUUCGUUAUUGAAUAUGUUGGUGAACUGAUUCGCCGUCCGGUCUCAGACAUACGUGAGGAUCAAUAUGAGAAGAGUGGAAUUGGAAGCAGUUACCUUUUUCGCUUGGACGAUGAUUAUGUGGUUGAUGCUACUAAGCGUGGUGGUUUAGCAAGAUUUAUCAACCAUUCGUGUGAGCCGAAUUGUUAUACAAAAGUAAUUACUGUUGAGGGCCACAAGAAGAUUUUCAUUUACGCAAAGAGGCGUAUAUAUGCUGGCGAAGAAUUGACGUACAAUUACAAAUUUCCAUUGGAGGAAAAGAAGAUACCAUGCCACUGUGGUUCCCAAAGGUAA